AUGGAUGAGUUGCGCUUGAUGGAUGAGUUGCAGAAGCGGUUUGGCUCGCAUCUGCGCUUGUCUGACAAGGAACGUGGAGGACUUCGAAUCGAGGAGGGAGAGAGUAUUGAUGUGUUAAAGGGGUCGCAGUUUACCCUGGUGGCUAAGGUUUUUACUCAUAAGGCAGUCCAUAGGGAAUGUUUUAUUGAGGUAUUUACUCGACUUUGGAGGGGUGUGGAUGAUGUUUCUAUCAAGGAGAUCGGCCUUCGUACAUUCUUGAUUAGGUUUAUGAAUCUGAGAGACAAGUUGCGGGUCCUGGAUAUGGAACUAUGGACUUACAGGGAUCAUUUGGUUUUGUUGGUGGAGACCCGGCCUGGAACUGAUGCGCGUAUGGUAGACCUGACGACAGCAGUGUUUUGGGUCCAAAUCCAUGGUGUUCCGCUACUAAACAUGACGACUGCAGUGGCUAAGAAGAUUGGGUUCUUAUUAGGGCACGUAAUGGAAGUGGAUCAAGUAGAAGGAGAGGAGUGUAUUGGACGCUUUUUACGGGUUCGGAUCCGUUUGGCAGUGGAGCAGCCCCUUAUGCGAGGGUCCUUUGUUGAUUUCCCUGAUGAAGGCUCUAAGUUGGUGACUUUUAAGUAUGAAUUUCUUCCUGAGUAUUGUCUCAUAUGUGGUUGUAUGGGGCAUCCGAGUAGAAGCUGCGUGGAGAAGUUGGUUGUCAUGCAUGAUGCUCCCGAAACAAUACAAGAGAGAUUGUUGGCCUUCGCUGGCUUAGAUGCGAGUGAGGAUCUUAAGGGGCGCCUACUACGUAUGACUGGGCGAAAAUCUUCUAAAAUUUUAGCCUCUGACCCCUUAUUGAAGAAGGCAGGCAGUAGCUCCUGUUGGCGGAGACACCUUCCUCAUCAACAGCCAAGUGAUAACGGCGAGGGGCAGCGCGGUAAUAGGGAUAAUUGGAGGUCUGGACAGGGGGGAUUCAGUAGAUUCUAG